GGCCACCCUGCAUUCUCGUGCUGUUUGUGUAGAAGUUUGUUUGAAAACUCAAACUUUUAUCCGAAUCGCAAGUAAAGAAUGUCUUGACUUGAUAUGUAAAAUAUGUAUAAAAGAUAAUACAUCACUACUAGAGAGAGUGCAAUAAAUUAAAUUUUGGAGCACUCUUAUCUACCUUGCUUUAGUGCAACUUGAUAUGGACGACAUAGAACGUUUUAUAAAGACUCUGCAACGGAGAAGACAGGCUGAUCAGUGCAAGCUGGAGCACCUUGACGUGGCAUCUGAUGAACACAGGAAAUUAAUGAAAAAAGUGCGCGAUCUAAGCAAAAAAAUAGAACAGCGCAAGGAGAACAUCACGAAGCAUCUCAACAUGAUCACGGCGCACAAGCAUUCCAUACACAAGAUCAUACACUCAGCAAACGAUAUUUCAGGCUUGCCAGUUCCGCAUGAUUACGCACAAGACAUGAGGACGAUGUUUACUGACGUGAUUGACUUCUUGAACAACGGAGGAGACACUUGUAAAGCUCUCGGCGAUGUGAAGGAAAAUAACAUGGAUCCUGUGGAGCUGAUUCAAGCCGUGACAACAUGCACCGAAGCUGCCGGAAAGCAGUUGUAUCAAACAAAGUGCAGUAUUACACAACUGGAAAUGUUGAAAGAAGACAUAGCAGUACUUCAACAACACAUCUUGAACAAUAGCGAUACUGUUGAAGAUGCAAGUAUCAGCUUGUCUUUCAGUAAUGGAUCAACGGACAGUGGAUCGACUCUCAUUAAAUAAGUACGUCGAUUAUUAUUUAUUGCAACCAUUCACAGUACAGAAAAUAUUAAACGGGUUUCCGUGGAAAAGCUACAUUUCGUACAUAUCUGUCGAACGUUAUCAAAGUUUCAUGGCAGUCAUGUAUUUAAUAUUAUCCAGUUGGUCGUCCAGACUCAAUUUUAACAUCACUAAUCGAGGGUCCACGACUUCCUGAAAACAAUCGUGUAUAUUUUUGUAAAGUAUUAAUAAAUUAUAGAUUAUUUGAUUAACAA